GCCGUAAUGUUAACAGAUAAUAUCAAAGUAAGUACAUACUACUUUUUCUGGGGCUUGUACAUAUCUAUUUGCAAAAGAGAGGAGGAACACUAACAUGAACUGUGGGCUUUCUCAACAGCGUAUUGUUCAAAACUUCAACGAGAAAGUAGUGAUUGUGUUUACAGAGAAGACUUCAAACUUGACGAAAGAGGCCAUCCAUAAGGCAAUGAAAGAGACAAUACCGAACCAUGAGUCUUCCAUUUAUAUCUGGGAUUCUGCAGUGCAAGAAUCUACCCAAACAACAUUCGAUAAAAUCAAACUAUAUGAGUCUAUCAUACAAAAAUCAAACCGUGUUAUAUUGACAGCAGAUCUGGAUUAUGCGUGUGCCCAUGCCAUAUCAAAAGGGAAACCGACUUAUAUAGCGUUUUCAGGACGUUGUCGAUCUUAUCUCACACAAUUCUAUCGUUGGGUUUCUGACGCUCAUCUCAUUAGAAAAUUGAGACUUGGAAAAGGGAAACAUAAAUCAACAAAUGUGGAUGAUCCUUACAGCUAUCUAGGUAUACAUCCUGAUUGGGGCAAUGGGAAUAAGAUAUUUCAAUACAAUCAUACAAUGUCGUUUAUAAAGAAAGCAAUACUGCAGUCAAGACAAGAGACAUUAACUGGCAAAAGAAAGGAAUAAAUUAAUUGUUCAAUAAACCGACUCUGUUCUUCUCAUCCAUGUAUUUUGGUUGGUUCUUUUUUUUUUCACAUUGAACGAAAGUGAAAGAGUCUGGUACAAAAUGGUUAAAGCUCUAUAAGUUCGAUAUAACUUUACUUUUUUAUUCCAAAAGGAAAAAGACGUUCUAUGAUCAGUUUCAAGGCCAUUUGAGGAUUUCCUUCUUGAUUUCGUCAUCCCAACUAUUACAAAGCUCUGUCUGAGAAGGCUUUUCACAAAGGUGUCGAACAUCAUCGGUUACCCAAUAAUCCAAAG